AUGUCUUGGUUGCUGCUGCUGCUAACACUACUGGUAGUGAUGACCUUUUCGUCAUCCCAUGGAUUUCUCUUGCCGACGACGACACCUCCACCCUCCAUGGCGUUUGGCAGUAUUAUUACAACAACAACAUCCACUAGUAGUAGUACUACUACUAGUAGUCUGUACUGUCAAUUACUGGGCAUGUCGUGUCGUCAACCGACGGAUUUUAGUUUUUCCUUUCAAGGCUUUUGCAAACGAGGUGGGGAAACCGACAUUCAUUCGGAUGGUUGGGGAUUGGCAUUUUAUCAAAAUGGCGGGGUGCGACAAUUCCACGACGAUCAACCGGCGGCGGAAUCGCCUUUGGCAGACUUUUUGGUGCAGUAUCCGAUCCGAACCGUCAACAUGAUGGCGCACAUUCGCUAUGCCACCCAUGGACCCGUCAAUUUGGCCAAUGUGCAUCCGUUUGCACGAGAAUGGGCGGGAGUGCAAUGGGUCUUUGCACACAAUGGACACGUUCCAUUGUUUAUUGAUGACAAUCAAGAUGACGACAAUGACAAUAAUGAACUACCGAUACUUGGAGACAACAAACAGAAUCAAACUCAAGUCUAUCAUCCCGUGGGAACCACCGAUAGUGAAGCGGCAUUUUGUGCCAUUCUCAAUGCCCUGCGGCACAAGUAUGAUCGCAAGCUGCCCAGUUUGCCAGCGUUGUAUCAAACCCUCCACGAACUCGCCACGGAAAUUGUCGACUAUGCCCCCGACGAUACCAUCCUCAACUUUUUAAUGGCCUGUGGACCCCACGUCUUGUGGGUCUACAGUUGGCCCGGACGACGACCUGGCAGUGAUGUCUGGAAUGGAUUGCAUUACACGGUACGAGAGUAUCCCUUUACCAAGUGUCAUUUGUGCGAUUUGGAUUAUACCGUCGAUUUUGGAACUGUCACAACCCAACAAGAUCGAGUUGCCGUUGUGGCGACAAGGCCCUUGACGGACGACGAAGAAUGGAUCGAAUUGGAACCGGGAGAACUCAUCUUGUUGGACGAAGGAUUGCCUCAUGCACACACACAACAAUUGGCACGGUUGGAACAAAUGGGACAUGGACUCGUCAAUAGUACUACGACUGGGCUGCUACAGGAAGAUUUGAGACGGUACGAGUUUCAACCCGAGUUCCAUGUCGGUGGGGGCAUCUAG